UCAAUUAGUAGAAGCAGCACAAAAAUAUGCUGAAUAUCUAGCAAGAAAUAAAAUUUUUGAUCAUAUUCCUGAUGCACAAAAAAAACUUACUGGAAUGACAUGGGGAGAAAAUCUUGGUCUUAAUUAUGAAAGUGAAAAAAAUGCAAUUAAAAGAUGGAUAGAAUCACCUGGCCAUAAAGCAAAUAUUUUAAACAAAGAUUAUAUUUAUUUUGGAGCUAGAUUUGCUAAAGAUAUUUGGCUAUCAUUUGAACUAUCUGAGGCAGUAUCAGAGUCUUUAUUUUUAGAAGAACUUGCAUUAUUAGACAUGAUUAAAAUACAUUAUUAA